CUACUAUUUCCUGGAUACCAGCAACAGUUAAGUGUGGUUUUCUUUUGCAUUAGCUUUGUCCCAUGAUCUCUGUGUCUAAAAGCAGUCAUGUUUUGCUUUUCAGUCACCCGGCUGUUUUCAUUAAGCUGCUCGGCUUCUCGGCUUGGAGGAGUGACAGUCCCAUCUGUGUUUGACAGGAGGCACUCCUAACCUGGACGGCCAGCAGGACGCUUUGCUUUUCAACAGUUCUUACUGUCCUCUUCACAGCGUUUGAAAUGUGGCUCAUGGUCGUUUCUGUUCCGCUGCUUCCUGCCAUCAUCAUGGUAUCCAGUCAUUACCGUGUCAAAGUUGCCGCGUUGUGCCAUCGAGCUCUGGCCUGGGCUCUGAGGCUGGUGAGAGGGAGGGUGUGUGUAAGGAGCACCCACGCCUUCGUGUUCUCCAAAUGCACCCACGGCAAAGUUGACAGCGUCCUGAAGACCUUUGACCUUUACGCUGACACGCACCCAUCCCUCUGCAUCAGUCCACAGAUUGCUGAGGCACUGGAUGAAGUGGUGAGGCGUGUCCGUCCCACCCGGGUGUUGGAGCUGGGGAUGCACUGUGGCUACAGCUCUGUGCGGCUGCUGCGGCUGCUGCCCCCUGCUGGCAGACUGGUCACAGUGGAGCUGGACCCUCUCACGGCAGAGCUAGGGGAAGAAAUCAUACUUGUAGCUGGCUUCAAACACAUUCAGUUCCAGGUGUUGACUUCUAGCUCAGCCAAGGCCAUCCCAGCAUUGCAUUCUUUUCUUGAGCCUGAUAAAGGGAGCAGUGAGGGGCUCAGUCUGGUGCUGAUGGACCAUGACCCCCAGCAGUACCUUCCAGACCUGCUGGCCCUGGAGAGAGAGGAGCUGCUCAGCCCCUCUGGCUGCUCCGUCCUUCUGAUCCACAGGACCCAAAGAGCUGAAGGCCUCAGAGGAAUCCUGGAUCACAUCAGAGCGAGGACCAACUGCUACUGCAUCAAGUCAGAGCUUCAGUUUAUGACCGAGAUCUUCUACCAAAAGGAGAGCACGAGGACAGAUAUGUAGGUGAUGGCAAAAAAGAUGUGGGUGUGCUUUCAGUUUGUGUGGACUCUAUCAACCACUGCGUUAAAUACUUCGCCAUCUCUACUGUUACCUGUGUGUCAGAAAGAGCUGAAUAAAUUAUUUUCUACAACGUG